GACGCGAAAAAAAACUGGUCCUAACCUGACCCAAAGAGCCGAACGUCAAGCCUAGGACGAACAUUACAUUUCUAUUUUGUAUAUAAAACUUAAAACGUUUUCUUGGAGGUCAAACACUAUAGUCGAUUCGUUUUGAUUUUGAAACUCAGUAAUUUACAGGCCAGUGGAUACAUUUGUUUUCUCCAAAAAAGGUAACGCUCUAAAAAAAUUAAAAAAUAUAUUAUUAAUUGAAUAUUCAAAGCUAAAAGACCAUCAAAGCAAAUAAAGUAAAGUUGAAUGGACCUGUAUUUAUUAGACUUGAUCACCCAAAGUCCACAUAGAAACCUACCACAUAAGUUUAAACAACAAUUCUCUUCCUCUUCUUCUUCAAUGGAUGAUCAGGUUGACCACAAGAACACUUCUUUAGAUGAAGUUAUCUUCACGAGCGUAGCCGACUGCUUACAAAGCUCACUAGUAAUGGAUUAUAACUCACUAGAGAAGGCCUUCAAGUUCUCACCUUAUAAUUACCCUUGCCAACCGAUUUCACCGUCUAAUAUGGGCCAAAUAGUGAAUUACCCUUACUUAAACCUCACUCCAAUUUCUCCAAUGGUCUCUUCUUCCUCCAAUGAAGCCGACCCUAAAGAGAACGUGGGCGAUAAGAGUGGCCCAAUGGAGAAUCACAACGAUGGAGACCAACAUGGUGUUGGUGAAACCUCCAAGCAAUUGACAAAACAAGGAAAAGGGAAAGGAGAGAAGAAAGAAAGAGAAGCUAGGGUUGCCUUUAUGACCAAAAGCGAGGUGGAUCAGCUUGAAGAUGGUUAUAGAUGGAGAAAAUAUGGACAAAAAGCCGUCAAGAACAGCCCCUAUCCAAGGAGUUACUAUAGGUGCACAGCGCAGAAGUGUAACGUGAAGAAACGCGUAGAGAGAUCGUUUCAAGAUCCGUCGAUCGUAAUUACAACUUACGAAGGAAAACACUACCAUCCAAUCCCAUCGACGUUAAGAGGUCCCAUGGUCGGGGAGCAUCUAUUAGGUCACCAUGGAAGUGGUAUCCUCCAUAGCUUCAAACGUUACCAUCAACAGUUUCUCAUGAAGAAUCAACAUCCGGUCAAUUAUCAAUCAGCAGGAACUGUAACGUAUCAACAAAGUCAUGGUGACUCUAGUAAUUAUAGUAAUCAUCAACAAGUUGUUGACUGUGGUCUUCUUCAGGACAUUGUUCCUUCAAAAUUCUUGAAGCAUGAAUCUUGAGAGAUAGUACUAGAGAUCUGGAUCUUUCUUUUUCAUGUGUUAGUAUUUAUACACACAUUAUAUAUAAGCAUAAAUAACCUAGUUUGUUGUAUAUAAACAUGUUUGUGUAUCUAUUCCAUGGACAGCCUACUUCUAAUUAAUUGAAAUUUUGGUUUUUUAAAGAGAUGAUUUGUGUAGAUCUCUAUGUUUUAACUUUUCCUCUUCAAACCUGGAUAAUUUGUAAUAUUUGGUGUAUUAUGUGGUUUAUUACAUAAUGAUGUUAGAAAUCAAACGAAGAACAAAAAGGAAAAGCUAUUCGUGUAUUCUGAGAAUGAUUUCAUUUGAGUUUCACUUGCAUUGAACAUUUUGGAUAUUAUUAUUGGUCAACAAGUUUCUAAUUUGUGUAUGUUUUCUAAAAGCGGGAAAUUGUUGACUCGUUAAGAUAACGAAAACAACUUGCUUCAAAAUAAAUUACUUCAGCCCAACAAUAUUUUUAUGUACGAUUAAAAACAACAAUAGUAAACAACUUACAAGUAACAAGUACAAGAAUAAGGCAUACUAUCUCAUUUUCUCUGAUGAAGUUAUCAAAACUAAUAUAUGGAGAGAUUUGUUGAUAAAAAAAAUAUAUAUAUAUGGAGAGAAAUAUAUAAUUCCCUAACUUUCUUUUUGUUUUAAGAGCGAUAUUUGAGCAAAAAAAUCAUCAUUAACUGAAACGAAUUUUUUUUAGCAAAUAGGACAAACAAAAUAGAAACAUCUUUAGGUUCGAAUAAAUAGAUACAUCUACUUCUUUAGGUUCUGCAUGUUAUUUCUCUAAAGCCACAAGAGCAACGCCAUUUUUUUCCAUACAACAAUGUGGAGACAAUCUACUUUAGUAAUUAAGUUUUCGGGAAAUUUUAUCUUUACCACUUUCGUGGUGCCACUUUUCAUUUUUACUACCACUAAAGAGACAUUUUCAAAAAUAUAUUUUUCAUUAAAUGGCAAAAUACUAUUAUACCCUUGUUAUCUAUAUAUAUAAUAAAUCAUUAUUUAAAUAUACAAAAAAAAAUUAUGUUUUCGAGUUAUAUUUUUUCAAAUUCGAACGUUUUUAUAAUUUUUUUUUUGAAUUUUUUUUUCAAGGUUUUUUUUGAAAAUCGAAAAUUAUGUUUGAAACUAUUUUUUAAAUUUUGUUUUAUAUUUUUAAGUAUUUAUUUAUAUAUUUAUUAGAAUCCUAAAUUUUACAUUCCAAAAAUUCUACCCUACCCCUCAACUCUAAACCAUAAGUCUAGAUUAGUUAACUUUAUGAAUAUAAGUGUCUUUUAUCAUUCAUUAAAAGUGAUGGCAAAAAUGGCUAGUGUAAAUAUGAAAAGUGUUAUUAUGAAUGUGGUAUUUAAGGCAAUUUCCCUUGAGUUUAAUCGAAUGAAUUGAUGUAAAGAAAAAUAAAAGGCAGGUUUCAGACCGACAUUUCAUAAAAGUUGAAAAAUAUGCCUUGUGCAGUUUCAGGCGGCAAGUAACUGAAUCACAAGGAAAUAUGAUGACAACUUUGAGACUCUGGUUAAUUAGGAAACGGAAACUAGCUCAACAACGAUGAUUGUUGCAUGAAAUUACAGCGAUAACAUUUUUCAAUUCAGCAAUUUUCUCAGCAGAGAUGGUAACAUAUUUAUCCAGCGUCUCGGUGCAUUAGUCCUUGUGCAAAUGGUUGGCACGGUAACAUGUUCCAGUGUUCGUAUGACAUGAACAGAUGUCUUGAGAACAAACCUCUGGUGUGACAUUUAAUUUAAACAAUCAACUUCUAGCAUCUUCUCCUGAAGAAUGAAAAUGCCGUAUACAAUAAAAUCAAUAAUGUAAAUUGACAGCCGAGACAAUCUAGUCUACGGAAUUUUGCAGAUAUAUGUGAAAGAUACUAGCUUUUACUCCACAAGCUAAGAACAUUUACUUAACAAAGUCAAAGACUUCCAACUAGAGGGUCCUCCUCAUGCACCUCUGAGAGAGUAGUCAACGUUUUUUUU